CGCGUGUACGGAAAAAUGAUAUAUAGAAAAAUUGAUAUGAUAUCUAAAAAGAAGAAAUAUCUUUUCAAUUUGCUGUAUCAGGGUCAUCGAACUUUAACAUCGAAACAAAUUUUCGAACGAGAAUUAAAAUAUGGAGCUCAUAAUUACGAUCCAAUUCCUAUCGCUCUAUGCAGAGGGGAAGGACCUUUUGUGUGGGACGUUGAGGGCAAGCGGUACUAUGAUUUUCUGAGCGGUUUCUCUGCAGUUAAUCAAGGCCACUGUCAUCUAAGAAUUUACAAAGCUUUGACAAAUCAAGCGAAACUCUUAACAUUAUGUUCAAGAGCACUUUAUUCGAACACAUUGGGAGAAUUAGAAGAAUACAUCACGAAAAUUUUCGGAUACGAUAAAUGGCUUGCUACGAAUACGGGAAUGGAGGGUGGUGAAACGGCUUGUAAGUUGGCACGGAAAUGGGGUUAUGAUCGCAAAGGUAUACCACACUAUAAGGCGAAAAUUAUUUUCCCAGAGGGUAAUUUUUGGGGUAGAACAAUGAGCUCGAAUAUAUCGUCUCGCUCGAGUGUGUCCUCUGGCACGAAUCCGACUUCUUUCCGUGGAUUCGGCCCUUUUAUGCCUUUCGAAAUCAUUCCGUACAACAGCCUCUCGAGCCUUCAAAAAACUUUAACCGAUCCUAACGUUUGCGCUUUUAUGGUAGAACCUAUUCAAGGAGAAGCUGGUGUUGUCAUACCAAAGGAUGGAUAUUUAAGAGGAAUUAGAGAAUUAUGUACAAAAUACAACGUGUUGUGGAUAGCCGAUGAAGUGCAAACUGGUUUAGGAAGAACAGGGAAAAUGCUAGCUGUUGAUUAUGAAAACGUGAAACCGGACAUUUUGAUUUUGGGUAAAUCUCUGUCGGGUGGUUUUUAUCCAAUAUCGGGUAUAUUGGCCAAUGAUUCUGUGAUGUUGACUAUAAAGUCUGGAGAGCAUGGCACGACUUUUAGUGGCAAUCCUUUAGCGAGCAAGAUCGCUAUUGAAGCGCUUCGCGUGAUUCUUGAUGAGAAAUUAGCAGAAAAUGCUGAUAAACUUGGGCAUAUUGUCAGAUCUGAACUUAAGAAACUUCCAACGAAUGUGGUUAAUGAAGUUCGUGGAAAAGGUUUACUUAACGGUAUAGUUAUCAACGAUAAAAUCGAUGUUGUAAACGUAUGCUUAAAAUUAAAAAAUGAAGGUUUAAUCGCGAAACCGACACAGAAUCACGUAAUCAGAUUAAUGCCUCCGCUGGUUAUAACUGAAUCACAAAUACGAGAAUCUAUGGAUAUUAUUUCCCGAGUUAUUAAUCAAUUCUCCAAAUGAUGCACAUAUAUACACGCACAUAUAUACAUGUUUU